AUGGGCGUCGAGCGCGAGAGUUUGCUCAACACCGGCGAGAGCGGUUUGAACGAGGACGAGGCGGCGCGUAGGUUGGAGUUAUUCGGACCUAAUCAGCUCAAGGUGAAGGAGGAUAGCAUGUGGUUGAAACUCGCGUUGGAGUUCGUACAACCGAUGCCGAUGAUGAUCUGGGCAGCCAUCCUCAUCGAAUCCAUCGAGACGUACAUUCAUCAGUCCAUGGAUGGUCUCGUGGACGUCAUCGUGUUGGUGGUGCUGCAAUUGUUGAACGUGCUCGUGGGGUUUAUAGAGGAAAUGAAGGCCGGUGACGCCAUCGCGGCGUUGAGAGAGUCGCUGAAACCGGAGGCGACGGUGAAACGCGAAGGACGCGUGUACAUCAUCAACGCCACAAAGUUAGUACCCGGGGACAUCGUCGUCCUCGGCGCGGGGGGUGCGAUCCCGGCGGAUUGCACGAUUAGAGAUGGAAAACCUAUUCAAGUGGAUCAAUCCGCGCUCACGGGGGAAUCGUUGCCGGUCGCAAUGUUUCCAGGUGCGGAAGCAAAAAUGGGUUCCACCGUGACGCGCGGAGAAAUCGAAGCUACCGUCACAGCGACGGGUAGCCAGACGUUCUUUGGGAAAACCGCGGACUUAGUUCAAGGAGUCGAUGAGCUCGGGCACUUUGAAAAAGUACUCAGAGAGAUUACAUACAUCUUGGUCGCUGUCGGUUUCUUCAUCUGUACUCUGGUGUUCAUUUAUUUACUUUCUAUCGGGGUUGAUUUCUGGGAGGUCUUAGCGUUCAACGUAGUCCUUCUUGUUGCAUCUAUUCCUAUCGCUUUGCGAGUGGUUUGUACGACGACGUUGGCUUUAGGUUGUCAUGAACUUGCGGCGGAGAAGGCCAUCGUAGCGCGGCUUUCUUCUGUUGAAGAGUUGGCGGGUAUGACAAUCUUGUGCUCAGACAAGACAGGAACGCUCACUCUGAACAAGAUGGUUCUUCAGAAGGAUUUACCAAUCUUUGUUCCGGGUGUUUCGCGUGAAGAAGUCCUCAAACUCGCGGCGUUGGCGGCGAAAUGGUGGGAGCCGCCAAAGGACGCCCUCGAUACUUUGGUAUUAAACGCUGUUAACAUCAGCGCAUUGAACGAUUACGAACAGACCGAUCACACUCCGUUUGAUCCAGCCAUCAAGCGCACAGAAAGCACGAUCAAGGAGAAGAACGGUAACGUGUUCAAGGUGACGAAAGGUGCCCCGCACGUGGUUUUAGAGUUGAGUGCAAACAAGUCCACGAUCGGUCAAGAGGUCGAGAAGCACGUUCUCGAGUUAGCUCAUCGCGGUAUUCGUUCGCUCGCGGUGGCGAAAACAAAGAACAAUAGCAACGAGUUCGAAUUUUUGGGUAUUUUGACCUUUUUGGAUCCUCCUCGCCCGGACACAAAGCAUACCAUUGACUGCGCCAACGAAUUUGGUGUCAGUGUGAAAAUGAUCACCGGUGAUCACCGCGCCAUUGCGGUUGAAACUUGCAGAACGUUGGGUAUGGGCACAAACGUGCUUGGCACUGAAAAACUUCCUCUCAUGAAAGCGGAGGAACUAGAGAAGGCGACCACGCUAGGACGAGAUUAUGGUGAACUGUGUCGAAAGGCGGACGGAUUCGCACAAGUAUUCCCAGAGCACAAAUAUCUGAUUGUAGAAGCUUUGCGACAGCAAGGGAUGCUCGUCGGCAUGACUGGAGACGGUGUGAAUGAUGCGCCUGCGUUAAAGCGGGCGGAUGUCGGAAUUGCUGUACAAGGUGCUACGAGCGCGGCGCAAGCUGCGGCUGAUAUUGUUCUCACCGAACCCGGUCUGUCCACCAUCGUUACGGCGAUUGUCACGAGCCGCAAAAUCUUCCAAAGAAUGAAAAACUUUGUGAUUUAUCGGGUGGCGUGUACAGAGCAGUUGUUGUUCUUUUUCUUCAUCUCGUGUAUAUUCUAUCAUCCUAGUCAGUUCAAUGAGUCUUGGCCGCAGCACUUUGCUAUUCCGGUCAUCGCACUUGUUACGAUUACGAUAUUGAACGAUGGAACCAUUAUUUCUGUGGCGUACGAUAACGUGCACGCUUCCAUGCAACCAGAAAAAUGGGAUUUGAAUAUCCUGUACAUCGUAUCUUCCGCUAUAGGCUUGACAGCCUUGGCAUCAUCCGUACUUCUGCUGAGCUCAGCGUUAUCAUCGGUUGAUCCAACGAGCACUUGGUCUCAACUUGGUCUCCCAGCGAUGUCAUACGGAGAGAUCCAGACGCUUAUUUACUUGAAAAUCAGUCUUUCUGAUUACUUCUCAGUAUUUAACUCGAGAACCAAGGGCUGGUUCUGGUCGCGCGCUCCAAGUGUCAUCUUGGUCGGCGCCUUCAUCAUCGCCACUGGAGCGUCGACUCUUUUAGCGGUGUACUGGCCUUUCGGAAACGGCAUGGUAGGAAUUUCCUGGCAGCUGUCCGGAUAUUGUUGGCUUUACGUCAUCAUCUGGGCGAUCAUCCAAGAUGCCGGUAAGGUGUUGACUUACAGUAUUCUUCAGUACGUUGGUUGGGUCGAGUCCGUCGAAGUCAUCAAUGAGAAGGAGUUGAAAAAGUACGCUGAAAGUUUGGGGGACAUCGAAGUAGAAUAG